UUGCUAUGCACUGUCGUUUUAUUGGUUGGUGGAAACAACUGUCACUUUGACUUCAUGCGAAGUACAGUGUGAUUCUGCAUGAUUGCAUCAAACUCAGUUGAUACAUCGCGCGUCAAAAUACCACGUCUGCGACCGACUUGCAAACGUGAUUAAAGGAAAUUUGCCUGGGAAGGAAUGCAAAGGAUUUUCCCUGAAUAAAGUUCGUCCGGGAGGAAGAAGUGGCGCGGCCAUCCUGUCUAUAUUUUUUCCUCUUUUCAAAGGUGUGUGCCUCCUGCCCGUCCCCCACCACGGCCCUCACCUGUGUGUUGCGGUGCUUCCCCUGCGAGCCGACCUGGGCCGGCAGCCCCUUCCUGCACCGCCCGCCGACCCCGCCCAUGGUCACUAUGACGCGCUCCAAAACCUUUCAGGCCUACCUGCCCAGCUGCCACCGCACCUACAGCUGCAUCCACUGCCGAGCACACCUGGCCAACCAUGACGAGCUCAUCUCCAAGUCCUUUCAAGGAAGUCAAGGUAGAGCUUAUCUGUUCAACUCAGUGGUGAAUGUGGGCUGUGGGCCGGCAGAGGAGAGGGUGCUGCUCACUGGGCUUCAUGCUGUAGCAGACAUCUACUGUGAGAACUGCAAGACCACGCUGGGAUGGAAAUACGAGCAUGCCUUUGAGAGCAGUCAGAAAUACAAGGAGGGGAAGUUCAUCAUCGAGCUGGCUCACAUGAUCAAGGACAACGGCUGGGAUUAAAGGAGCCGCGAGGAGCGUUAACGAUUUGGGUGGGGAGGGAGGGGGUAUAAAAAACACAAGGGAAGAUGGGAGUUCUUAUGGCGGAUGUGUGGGUGAAUGUGUGAACUUUUGGUUGUUCAUUACUCCCCUGCCCUGUCUCCCCCACCUGUGUUCACCCUUCUACCCUGCCGAAAACAAACACACACACACAGACACACACUUUUACUCACAUUUGCACAGUACCCUUUGGCGACAUCGGGAUAGUGAGGAGAAGAUAAGCAGGACGUGUGUGUGUGUAGGUCGAAGCGUUUUAAGGUUGCACGUGAGUUCAGGUGGGCACGUGACUGUUGCAGUACCUCAGUUUACACGCAAAACACAGAUAUAACCACAAACGCAGAUGUACAGCUACAUCUUGAGGUUCACAAUGUAGAAGCAAGCUCUCACACACACACACACACACACACACACGCACACACACACACACACACACUCUGAACCAGACGGACAGGACAAAAACAUAUGAACCAAAUCUGAGUGUGGGUGGGCGUUAGAUGGCCCUAGCGUGUACGCUACUGAGAAAGGCCAGGCUUUUGACAGGAUCAGGGGUUACAGAGCUGAUGGGGUUUCUCUCUCAACCACUCUGUGUGUGUUUGUGUGUGUGUGUGUGUGUGUGUGUGUGUGUGUGUGUGUGUGUGUGUGCGUGCGUGCGUGUGUGUGUGUGUGUGUGUGUGGACGUGCUUUUCUAAGACGAUUAUCCCCAAAUCCACCAACUGGGGCAGCCCUAUGCCAGCUGUGCCACAGAUGCUCUGGCAUUAGAAGGGGCAUUGCACUACAGUGCAUCAGAGCACACAGGGGGGAGGGGGCAUCAUGAAUGCCAUAGAGAGAGAAAGAGGGAGAGAGAAAGAGAGAGAGAGAGGUAUACAGAAAGAUAGAGUACAGAGAGAGAGAGAGAGAGAUUCCCCAAAUCAGAUCUCAGUGAGCCAUACAUAGACAGAGAGCCUUCCAGAGUGUGAUGUCACUUAGGAUAAAUGGCUUAAGUGCGAUGAGAAUGUGGUCUUGGAAAGAUGAUGGAACUUCCAAAUGACCCCCGGUUAACCCUCCAGUGUCCUUUCCAAUUUCUGAGAGUCUAUUAGCUCCAUUGGUACCAGGUACCAGUCUUCUUGACCUCACAUCAGUUAACAGCCAUGUAAAUGACAUUAUGUGUGCAGUCAUGAGAGUAUAUUUAUUUUUUAGGUGUCGUGUCCAGAUCCGUGUGUUGUCCAGUGGGUCUGUCGUGGCAGUUGCACCCAUGACCACUGUUUUGUUACUGUAGUGGUGUUUGUAGCAGGUUUGGUGUCUGUGGGAGACACUAUGGACUGACGAGAAACAGGCGAAGGUAGCGAAACUGUGUCUGCAGUUCGGUCGAUAGUCUGUGAUGAUCUUAGUAAACUGUUACACUGCCUCUCUAAACCAAUCUAACUUUGAAACACUCCCUAAAUAGUAACCAACCAAUCAACCCAACCCCAACCUACCUGAUUGACCCAUUCACUGCUAUUCUUGCUAGAGAGUCGCUCAGUAACCAAGGCAACAGACAGUUGAGACACAGAGUUCGGUGCUCUCUGAGUCCCCCAAACACAACCAAAGAACUCACCCAUCUAUGGUAAGCAGACCAAAACUGAAGAUCCCGCUAAUGCUUGGGGGGGGGAGGGGGCAGAGAGUUGCAGACCUUCUGGUUGGAAUAUCUGAAAACCAAGCUUCUGGAUAGCCUUUUCUCUCUGAGAUAAAAAACAAUGCAUUGUUUGCUUUUGUAAAUGACAGAUGAUAAUAUAUAAAUAUAUAAAUAUAUUCACAUUAUAUAUAAAGCAUUAUAAUUUAUGUUGAUUGACCUCUGUGUUCAAUGAAAUGUAAAUAGCUAUGUGUCUGUAUUAUUUAUGAUUAUUAUUUUAGCAUAUGCCAUGCUUUCUGUGUCAGACCCCAUCACUGGGUGUAUGAUAUUUGCUACUUUUUUACUCUUUGAAAAAUGUUUCAAUAUUAGUGUCUUUUCUAAAGGACGAGGAGAUAUUGACAGUACAAUUGGAACCUCAUCAAAUAAAAGCAAACCCAAAAACA